GCGGUCAGCGCUGGCGCCGCAGGAAAGUUUGCGUUGGGGCCGGGCCGGGCCGGGCCGGGAUGGACGCGCUCAAGUCCGCGGGCCGGGCCCUGCUGAGGAGCCCCAGCGUGCACAAACCGCCCUGGGCCGGCGGGCGGCACAAGAAGCUGCCUGAGAACUGGACAGACACGCGGGAGACGCUGCUGGAGGGGAUGCUCUUCAGCCUCAAGUACAUGGGCAUGACCCUGGUGGAGCAGCCCAAGGGAGAGGAGCUCUCUGCAGCCGCUGUCAAAAGGAUUGUGGCCACCGCCAAAGCCAGUGGAAAGAAGCUGCAGAAGGUGACCCUGAAGGUGUCACCCCGGGGGAUUGUGCUCAGGGACAGCAGGACCAACGAGCUCAUCGAGAACAUCUCCAUCUACAGGAUCUCCUACUGCACAGCAGACAAGGCCCACGACAAAGUGUUUGCCUACAUUGCCCAGAGCCAGCUGAGCGAGAGCCUGGAGUGCCACGCCUUCCUGUGCACCAAGAGGAAGAUGGCCCAGGCUGUCACCCUCACCGUGGCCCAGGCCUUCAGGAUCGCCUUUGAGUUCUGGCAGGCAGCCAAGGAAGAGAAGGAGAAGAGGGAAAGAUCCAUCCUGGCAGCAGAAGGGACGAGCAGCCCUGGCUCAGGAGCUCCUGCCCACCCUGUCACACCAGCAGCCUUGGGGAACUUGCUGGAUUUUGAGGACCCUGGCAGCAGCACGGAGUCCCCAGAGCUGGACAACAGCAGCUUUGGGCCCAGCCCCUCGGUCAACAACAACGUGCUGUGGGAGAUGGAUGAUGGGCUGGACGAGGCGUUCUCAAGGCUGGCCCAGUCGAGGACAAACCCUCAGGAGCUGGACACGGGGCUGUCAGCGCAGGACAUGCAGCGCGCGCAGGCGCUGUCCCCGCUGGGCUGGGCGCAGCUGGAGCCCGGCACGGCCGAGCAGGACGAUGUGCUCCUGUUCUGAGGGCACACAGAACCACUCCGAGCCCUGCUGUGAGCAGGGAGCCCUCCCAGGGCUCCUCAGCAGCUCCGAGGGUGCCACAGCCCAGUUCAGACCAAAGCUUCGGAAACCUAACGCGGAUUUUUGUACCUUGCUUUCACCUAAACCACGAGAUGCUCUUGGACCUAUUUACUCACGGUUUACAAGCGUUCCUGGGAGGUGUGGAGAGCAUCUGUGUGCCACGGGGGGAUCUGCAGGGCCUGUUCCUCCUGCAGGCAGCCUGGGCACCAGCAAAGCCCCCCUGAGCAUCCCCCAGCCAGGGCUGGGGCGCAGACACAGCUCUGAGUGUCACUGAUCCACCCAGCCUGGAAGAACUCAGCACUGCCUGCCGGGGAGGGGGUUUGCAGCAGCUGCUGACAGUGUGAAAUCAAAGAGGGAGCAGAGCUGGUGCUUUUGUGCCCCUGCCUGUGGCACUCCCACGGCUGUCAGUCACCCCACGGCUCCUGUGGGGAUUGACGCUUUUUAACCCAAAGACUCAAAGAAGUUUUGCACUUUAAAACUUGAACUGAAAGCAACGGUCCGAAUUGUCAAGGUAAGCAGUGCCUGGAACCUCUCCUCAGAAGCUAUUUACCCAAAAAGAACCACCCUGGCAAUGCUGCAGCUCUGACCCCUCACCUCUGAUGGGACUCGAGAUCCCAAAGCUCCGUUGGCUUUAAAAGCAAAACCACCAGGGAGGGAGGAAGGAUUUGUUUUGUUCAAUCCUGCUGGAAAGGGCGGCUCGGGAGGACCAGCAGGAGCACAGAUCCACGUCCCCAGCUUGGCCCAGCAGGUUUGUUUGUCCAGGACUUGCUCCAGCCUCAAAUCCACGUGGCUGUUGCCCAGUGGAUGGGAUGGGGUCGGGCAGGGGCAGCACCUGGCUGCCCAGCUGGCACAGGUGCCCCUGCCAGUGGUGCUCCCACCCUUCUCCUGCCAGCCACAGCUCCCAGGGGGCUCAGGAAGCUCCAUCUACCCCUGGGACUGAAAACCAGCCAUGGAGGUACAACUUCUGCUAAGUACAAGAUUAGGUUUAACGAUCCUGAAUAGUCUCACUGACACCUCGCAGUGUUUGUGGCCUUAAGUGAAGUGUACUAAUCUGUUUUAUAGAUUUGUAACUUGGGUUUGAAGCACUAAUUCAUUCCCCAGAUAGCUCUUUAGAACUCCCUUAAAACUGCUCACAGAAAGGAAAAAAAAACCCUCUCAGUCAGCUGUAAGAAUUCAUUAGGAGGCAGCUGAGUUGCUCUGACUUAGAAUUGAGAUAUUUUUUCCCCCCAAGUGUGAGUGUGAGAAGGUGUUGAGGACUCGUGGAGCUGACUCACCGGUCUCUGGUGGAACCUGGGCUCUGUGGGCUCUCAGAGUGCUGUUCAAGCACUUCCACAUCCUGCAAGGGCUGUGUCUCCUGGAUGCUCCUGGGCUGGAAGGGAGCAGCAGAGCUCUGCUCCAGCUCAGGGAGCUCUGCCCUGCCCAGGAACCUGGGAGGAUUCCUCUGCUUUGACCUCUCUCCUUCCCUGGAGCAGCAAUUCCUGAAGUUCACAACACUAGCUAUGUGUGUCUAGAGUUUUGUUUGUUUUUUUUUUUUUU